CAAAGAUGCGCAUUGUGCACCACCUAUUCAUUCCCAAAGUGUCUUCCAUUGAAGAAAGUCCUGAUUGAAGGCAAUAUGAUUAUUUGGCGAGUGUUCGGUGUGGUGUUCAGUGCAAUUCUUAUUCAAUCAUUAGUCAAUGGAUCAGCAAAUGCAGACAGUUGGAUCGGAAGGAAUAAUCCAUUUGGGGAUCUUUCCACAUCAGCUGCAGAAAAUCUCGCGAGGAAUCUCUACCCAGAGCGCCUGAUGCAGGAUCGAACGGAUGAACCAAUUCACCAGAGUCGUGCUGAAGGACAACAAUUAAUUUCAAGCAACCUCCUUGGUGGCAUCAUGCGAAUGAUGGGGCUGGAUAGUGGAAAACUUGGUGCUCUCGUGAUAAAUGGAUUGAUUUUUCUUGCUCAAAUGAUCGGCAAGAGUUUGGCUGCACGAAUGUUCUCAGCUGCUGCACCACAUGAUCCUCCCACACAACCACCACCACCCCAAAUGGGUAAUUUCCCAAUGGAUGAUUCCCAAGCGGCAGAAUCAUUUAAUCACCACAAGUAUGAGUAUCGAUCGACAGAUGAGCCCAAGGUUAGCCAAGGCACGGACGAGACACCACGAUCAGGUUCCCCACUGGAUUGGAUCUUAACUAAUCCCUCACCACACUUGAAUAAGCUCAUGAAUGAUGCUCGCGAUCGCAAUCUUCCUCAGCGCCUGGUGGAGCUUGUGACUGGGGGACAGAGUAGUAAAUGGACUGAAGGGGAAUGUAUCCUCAGGCUUCUCUGCAAAAGUUCCCCUUUCGUCUGGGCCAUGCAGAGAGUCAUUGGGGACCGUAUUGAUGGUGUAGAUCAGCAAGAGAAUGAAACUCAAAAUGGAAGUCUCCUUGAGACAAUAAUGAAAAAUCUUCCUGAUGCGAAAGAAUUUGAUUUGCACGGUGAUGCAUGUGAAGAGAGAUAUCCCAAUUGCAGAGUUUACACCUGAGAAUAUUCCCCAUCAUAUGUAAAGUUUUUCACUCCGCUAAUCAUCAUCUUAACGUUCUUUUUUUGCAUUGUUUGCACAGACUAUUGCUUGAAUUACUUUUCUGUGACUUUUGUAUGAUGAAGAAAAAUAUA